ACAGUGGCGUGCGUGGAUUUCAGAGAUUUUAAGAAGACAUCUGGACAAAAAAGUGCAUAGCUGGGUCUCAUGAGGAUAAAUAAGAGAAACGUAGCACUCUGUGAGUCGGUUUCGCUGGACGGCUGUGCGUUCUCCAGCUUGGCCACGCCCACUCGACCGCGCCGUACAGAUUAAAUGAACGUUACCGCGCGAUUUACUGCUGGGAAUUAAACUGGAAACUGAUGCUGAUGGAGAAACAUGGCUUUGUUGAGGAAAAUCAACCGUGGGCUCCUCAUUCUGCUCAUCCUGGUGGCUUUUGCUCUUCUUUACAAAAAGACCAGACUACAGACACUGCCCAAGUAUUCAGUACUCGAGAAAGAUGGGGCAAAAACAGGUGUGGAGGACGAGAAAGCGACAGACACUGACAUCCCUGUGGUCAUCUGUGCUUCAGAGGAGCGUAUUGGUGCUGCCAUCGCAACCAUCAACAGCGUCUACAGCAACAGCCGUGCGAGCAUUUUCUUCUACAUAGUUACACUGCGAGAUGCCAUCAAGAAGAUAAGGGAAUACAUAGAGAAGACCAAGCUGAGAAAAAUCAAAUACAAGAUCCUGGAGUUUAAUCCGAUGGUAUUGAAGGGGAAAGUCAAUCCGGAUUCAUCCAGACCAGAGCUGCUGCACCCUCUUAACUUUGUGAGGUUCUACUUGCCACUUCUUGGCAUUGAAAAUCACGAGCGGAUCGUUUACCUGGAUGAUGAUGUCAUAGUGCAAGGAGAUAUACAGGAACUGUAUAACAUAAAGCUGAAAGCGGGACACGCUGCUGCGUUCGCUUCAGACUGUGAUCUGCCCCCCACACAUGAGAUGGUGCGCAGUGUGGGAAUGCAGACAACUUAUAUGGGCUUUCUGGACUACCGCAAAGAGGAAGUCAGAGAGCUGGGCAUCAACCCAAGCGACUGCUCCUUUAAUCCAGGUGUUUUUGUAGCAGACAUUGGUGAAUGGAAAAGGCAAAAAAUAACUAAACAGCUGGAGAAAUGGAUGGCUAAGAAUGUCAGGGAGAAUCUGUACAGCAGUGCCAUGGCAGGCGGUGUGGCCACCCCCCCAAUGCUGAUCGUUUUUCAUGAUAAAUACACAACCAUUGAUCCAAUGUGGCACGUCAGACACCUGGGCUGGAGUCCUGAUAGCCAUUAUCCCAGAUCCUUUCUCAAAGAUGCACGCUUACUGCACUGGAACGGCCAUUUCAAGCCCUGGAACUACCCCUGCGUCCAUCUGGACAUCUGGGAGAAAUGGUUUAUCCCAGACCCCACAGGAAAAUUCACCCUGGUACGACCAUGAACAAUAUUCAAAAGUGCUGAGGCUAUUAAAGCUGCAGUCCGUAACUUUUGGCGCUCUAGCGGUUAAUAAACAGAACUGCAUGCGUCUUG